AUGGUGUCUGCCCUCGGACAACUGUUUCAAAGUCCUCUACUCACUGCCGCUAUUUUCAUCAUGGGCAUCGGUGGCACUUUCCAGUUUGGAUUCCAGCUUGUCGUCCAUAACGCCCCAUCCCCUUACAUUAAGGAGUUGGUGAACGUGACUUGCACCGAGAGGUACGGCCUCAACCUGCCGCCGUGGCAACUGUCAAUCAUCUGGUCGUUUGUGGUGUCGGCCUUCAGCAUCGGCGGACUGAUAGGCGCGCUCAGUGCUGGACGACUGGCGGACAAGUACGGCAGGAAGACAUGCCUGCUGUGGAAUAACCUGCUGGCCAUAGCAGGGGCCGUCCUGAUGGUGCUCAGCAAAACAGCCGUGUCCUUUGAGAUGAUAAUGGCCGCCAGGUUAAUCUACGGUGUUAACGCAGGCAUUGGCCUGACGGUGCACUGCAUAUAUCUGCCUGAGUGCUCCCCCAAGAAGCUGCAGGCCAUGAUGGGCUUCUUUUCGACAACCUUCAUCUCCGUUGGCAUUUUGAUGGGCCAAAUCCUGGGCCUCAGUGAGGUGCUGGGGACGGAGGAGCGUUGGCCGUGGCUGUUGGGGUUCAGCGGGGCGGUGGCAGUGCUGCAGAUGGUGACGCUGCCCUUCCUGCCGGAGUCGCCCCGAUUCCUGCUCACCAGCAAGGGGGACCCACAGGCCUGCGAACAGGCGAUGAAGCGUCUGUGGGGGCCAAAGGUGGACCACAGUGGGGACCUGGCUGACAUGCGCGAUGAGGCGGCUGUGAUCAGUGGUGUGCAGAUGAAGGGCAUCUUAGACCUCUUCAGGAAGCGCUCCCUACGCUGGCAACUCACCACCAUCAUCUGGCUCACGAUUACACUGGAAUUGUGUGGCAUCAAUGCCGUGUUCCUCUACUUGUUUGAUGUGUUAGCGAAGGCAGGUAUCCCUCCACAUCAGCUGAGUUACGCGGCCCUGGGGACUGGCCUUUGUGAGGUCGCCACUAGCGUCAUCUCUGCAAUUGUUAUUGAGCGCACAGGCAAGAAGGUGCUCCUCAUGGGGGGAUUCUUUGGGAUGGGCGCUACUCUGACACUACUCACAGUUACCCUCUACCUGCAGACCAUCCUGUGGUGGAUGUCUUACUGCAGUUUGAUCCUCAUCUUCAUCUUCAUCGUCUUCUUCAACUGUGGACCAGCUGGUAUCACCGUCCCCCUGGCUGGCGAGCUCUUUAACCAGUCCUUCAAGGCAGCUGCAUUCACCAUCAACACCGCCAUCAACUGGACUUUUCAGUUUCUCGUUUCCAUGACCUUCCCACUCAUUGUGGAACACCUCGACUACCUGUGUUUCAUCAUCUUCUUGACGUGCUGUUUCUCCACGGGCCUCUUUGUGCGCUUCAACGUUCCGGAGACACGGAACCUCACCGUUUUGGAAAUCGCCGCCGAGUACGACCGGCUGCACAACAGACGCGGACGAGGGCCUGCAGCCUCAGAGAACGAGAAGCACACUCCCCCGUCACCUGCACCCUCAGAGAACGAGAAGCACACUCCCCCGUCACCUGCACCAGUGUUCAACCACAUGCACUCAUCAGUGGACCAUCUUGUUCAAAUAACAUGGCUCUGA